GUCCUGCCUGCCUGCGCCGUCCGUCUCUUUCCUAUUGCGGGCGUUUGGUAACAUUGAGUGCUCCCGCGCUGUCACCGCCCGGGAGGCGCUGUCGGGUCAGCGGAGUAGGCAGCCAUGGGGAGCCUGCGCGGCCUGCGCCAGGCGGCGGGAAGUUAUUUUAGGUUAUAUGAAAGAGGUGCUUCCUCAUCUCUAAGACUUAGCAGAAACUCCGACUUGAAGAGAAUAAAUGGAUAUUGUGCCAAACCACAAGAAAGUCCAAAAGCUCCACCCUACACUUACAGCCACAGAGUGCCAUUACACAAACCUACACACUGGGAGAAGAAGAUCCUGGUAUGGUCAGGUCGCUUCAAAAAGGAAGAUGAAAUCCCAGAGACUGUCUCGUUUGAGAUGCUUGAUGCUGCAAAGAACAAGAUCCGGGUGAAGGUCAGCUACGCGAUGAUUGCCCUGACAGUGGCAGGAUGCAUCUGGAUGGUUAUUGAGGGCAAGAAGGCUGUCAAAAGAAACGAGUCUUUAACAAGGCUGAACUUAGAAAAAAAAGCUCGCCUGAGAGAAGCAGCAGCUCUGAAAGCCAAAACAGAGUAGCAGAGGUAUCCGUGUUGGCUGGAUUUUGAAAUUGCAGGAAUAAUGUUGCAGCAAUUAGCCUGUAUUAAAAAGAAUACAGUAUGAGGAUCCAUUUCAUGAAA